UGACGAAAAUGAACGAAGUCCGACUCGGGAACCCCGUCGGUAAACAUGGCGGCCAAGGCGCUUCGGCAGCGAACCAGGCGAGGCAGCAGACAGGAUGCAAACAACGUGAACAUAUCCUCCGAAGCUCGGCCACCAAAAGAGGAGAAAGGCGGCGAUGAUGGCAAAAUCGCAGAGACUCGGCAAGAGUCAAUAAGUCGCGGGGGGCAGGUCUGGGCUCCAGAGGGUUCUACAGCAUUUAAAUGCCUGCUCUCGGCACGUUUCUGUGCAGCUCUGCUCAGCAACAUCUCAGACUGCGAUGAGACCUUCAACUACUGGGAGCCUAUGCACUACCUGCUGUACGGCACAGGGAUGCAAACAUGGGAAUAUUCUCCAUUGUACGCCAUCAGAUCGUAUGCUUAUUUAUGGUUACAUGCUCUUCCUGCUUGUUUGCAUGCCCAUGUUCUUCAGACAAACAAGGUGCUGGUGUUCUACUUUGUACGAUGCGUCUUGGCGUUCUCCUGCUGUGUCUGUGAACUGUAUUUCUACAAGGCAGUUUGUAAGAAGUUUGGUUUACAUGUGGGCCGUCUGAUGUUGGCUUUCCUCGUCCUGAGCACAGGGAUGUUCUGCUCAUCUGCAGCUUUCCUACCUUCCUCUUUCUGUAUGUAUACGACGUUGGUUGCUAUGACGGGAUGGUUUCAGGACUCGACACCUUUAGCCAUCACGGGUGUGGCUGCUGGUGCCAUCGUUGGAUGGCCGUUCUCCGUCCUGAUUGGGAUUCCCAUUGCCUUCGAUCUGCUGGUGUUAAAGAGGCAGUGGAAAAGUUUUAUCACCUGGUCAGCCGUCGCUCUGCUUCUGUUGCUGGUCCCUCUGGUAGCAGUGGACUCUUUCUUUUAUGGCAAACUGGUCGUUGCUCCACUCAAUAUUCUGUUGUAUAAUGUUUUCACACCACAUGGACCUGAUCUGUAUGGUACAGAGCCAUGGCAUUUCUACUUUGUAAAUGGGAUCCUGAACUUCAAUUUGGUGUUUGCUCUGGCACUGUUUUCUCUGCCACUCACCGCUCUCAUGGAGACACUGUUACACAGGUUCAAUGUGCAGAACCUGGGCCGUCCAUACUGGCUGACUCUGUCUCCCAUGUAUCUGUGGAUGUUGGUUUUCUUCACCAGACCUCAUAAAGAGGAGCGUUUCCUCUUUCCCAUCUACCCUCUCAUCUGCCUCAGCGGGGCAGUAGCCCUCUCUUCUCUACAGAAAUGCUACCACUUCCUGUUCCAGCGAUACCGACUGGAGCACUACACGGUCUCCUCCAACUGGCUGGCUCUAAGUGCAGUGGUAGUCUUCACGGUGUUGUCACUGUCUCGCUCUGUCGCCCUCUUUAGAGGCUACCAUGCCCCUCUGGACCUGUACCCAGAGUUUCACCGAAUCGCCAAGGAUCCGACUCUUCACUCAGUCCCUGAGGGCAGACCUGUCAGUGUGUGUGUGGGCAAAGAGUGGUACCGCUUCCCAAGCAGCUUUCUAUUACCGCACAACUGGCAACUGCACUUCAUUCAGUCUGAGUUUAAGGGGCAGCUGCCUCAGCCAUACGCCUCUGGUCCUCUGGCCACACAGAUGAUCCCAGCUAAUAUGAAUGACCAGAACCUGGAGGAGCCUACCAGAUAUGUGGAUUUACGGCAGUGCCACUACUUAGUAGACCUGGACACAGAUGAAGAGACGCCGCUUGAGCCACGUUAUUCAGCCAACAAAGACGAGUGGAACAUUAUUGCCUAUAAGCCUUUCCUUCAAGCAUCAAGGUCAUCUCCUCUCUUGAGAGCGUUCUACAUCCCAUUCAUAUCAGACCAUCACACCACCUACAGGCGCUACGUCAUCUUGAAACCACGACGGCAAAAGCAGCCUCGUAAGCGCACCCACGGCUGACCUUUUGAACCUCAGCUCAGCCCAAAAUCCUACGAAAUCAGAUCACUUCCCCCUCAACACAGCUGGCAUUUGUGUGUGAUUGUUGGACGUGUGUGCAUGCAUGUGUUUCGAAGUAUUCGUCUCAUGAAACAUUCAAAGUUAUCAGACCCUUUAAGGACAUUUUGUCUGCUUUUGGGCUUGUGUGUGUAUGAAGAGAAAAUGGUAUGUAUGCAAGUAUGCUUGGCAGGAAUCAGCUGGACAUUUUCUCUCUUUUUGUGUGUGUGUGUGUCUGUGUGAGAAUGUGUGUGUGUGUAACUGAAUGUAUUACAGUGGAUGCACACUACAAGAUUUUACAUGUACUUAGCCUAGGACAGGCCAUUACACGUAAAUAUGUGGUUUUUCUUUUUCAUACUUCACUUGAAAAUGUGGCCUGAAAGAAUUAUUUUGAAUAAUUAAUCGAAGAAAUCUUGUAGUGCUUGCUUGUCUGCACUUGGAACAGUAUCUUAUUGUGUGCUCUGUAAGGGUGUGAGUGGUGGAGAUGAAUGAAGCUGAGAGUGUGUUAUUAAUUUAAGUCGGAAUGUUAAUAAAACAUGAUUUACUGUGAAUACAAUCCUCGUUCUCUUUACUGGGACAGGAAAAUCACUGCACCACGCGCUGCCAGAUUCAGUUGUAAUCUCAUUUUAUUUGAAGAUUUCCUUAUGUAACAAACAUACAAACCACUCUCACUUACAGGAGAGAUGUCAAGGCAUUAUACAUUCUGAAUAAAUAAUAACGAUGAUGCUA